AUGGGCAAUUACCUCCUGCGGGAGCAACGGCAAGAAGUGACUACAUCUGAAAGAGAAAUUCAAGGGCAACACAAAAGAAGGCAAGAAAUUCCAUCUACUUCUAAUCAGGAGCGUGAGAAUGGCAGUGGAUCUGAUGAAGUGUGCUACAGCAUCAUUAAUCACGCCCGCCACCGGAGGUCCUCACUGAACUCCAAUGAUGAUGGCUAUGAGAACGUAGACGCCACAAGGAGAGUGAGGGUGUUGAGAGAGGGGUCAGAAACCGACUACGCCCUGCUGAGGACUUCUGUUGCUGGGCCCUCUUCCUACACCACUGAGCAUGAUUACGAAACUGUGCUGCCACACUAG